UACUAUUUGAAAGGCAUAGCAGCUCUUGCAUCCCCAGCACUGAAAACAGCACAGUCGGUUCGCGUGACAGCCAGCUCGAUUGAGUUUCGGCUCCUUGAGAUGCAGCGCAAGUUGUCGCAAAUUGCCGAAAUACCGAAAAUAUUGUCGUCAACGUUAGCCACCGUGUCGCAGACCUUCGACAAGUUAACAGCAACGGAACUGGAGGCAGCUGCUUACGUGCGACGCAAGUGCUCCUACGAUGAGGAUGUCAUAGACUAUGAACUGAGCGAUGUCACGCAAACGGAUGUUGAGGCAGCGGAGGACACGGACACGGGCACGGACACGGGCACGGAUAUGAACACAGAUGUGGAUGGCAACGACGAUGACAACGAAAACGAGCUGAAACAAAUCAAGCUGCUAAAGGAUGUUACACCGGAAUCGGAUUAUGCAUCGGAAGCCAAUUACGCGACAAAUGAGUCACUGAGCGAGGAGCCAGACACCGCAAGCAGCCUGGCGGGCGACCAUGAUGUGGACGUCGAAGCGGACGAUGUUGACAGUGAUAAUGCGGUUUACUAUAUGAAGCUGCCUGCAGUGCCCGCUAAUCACGAGGCGGCUUAUAGCUCCAACGACGACGAGCAUGUGGACUUUGACGAUGAUGAGGAAGGUGAGAAUGAUGACUGCGAUUUCUUGAGCACCACUUACACGUGGAACCUGCGCAAUGUUCCCAAAUUGCGUGUAAGCGAUGCUGACGAGUACGACGUGUACGAUUUGACACUGAGGCCAACAACGCCACCACAAGAGGAGCAUCAGACACAGCGGAGCGUUGACAAUAGCGCCAUCAAUGCCGGUGUUCAUGACACUUCAAAGGUGCGCGCCGCCACGCCUCUGGCAAGUGACAGCCACGCGCCGCUGGAGACCGAGGUGCCGACGCAGAAGCUGCUGUUCAAGCUGGAUAACUUGGAACGCAAAUGGCCCUGGGCGGACCGUGAGAAAAUCAUCUACAAACAAUCUACUUGUCAUUUGGUGCCUCGCCAGCCCUUGGGUCUUGUAGGACAACGCAUUCAGCUACUGGCCAAGAAGAAGUUGUUCGUAGAGCCUAAGACACAAUGAGAUAAGUGCUAUGUUGAAGAAUUUUAAUGUAGUUCAUUAAACAUCACAUUUUACCUUAAUUUAUUAUUACUUUUGGG